CCCGUGUCCCUUGUAUUUUGCUACUUGAAUGACAGAUUUCCUAAUACGAUAUCAGCCACCCCCGUGACAUCCCACCCUGACUUGAUAGGAAUCAAACUGAAAGAAGUCUGUGUAACAACCUACUCUGGUACCUGAAACAUAGGAAAAAUAUGACAUUACAGGGUUCAUUAGCUGAGUAUCAGUUGCCAUCGCCAUCUUCUGUAAAUAUACCACAUAGGAAAAGCGUGAUAAGAUGCCAGAAAUUAAGGCCACCCAAGAAAGUGCACGUUUCCAUGCGGUGGGAACUACGCUGUAAACACCGUUGCCAAGCUUGCCGAUAUGCCCUAUUAUGGAGCGUGUUUAUUUGAUCCUGUGCUUUCAACCAGAAACAUCUACCAUAAUUGGUAUUGGUUUGAAAUACGUCAUGGAUAGGCGGAGCAAACUCUAAAUUACGAAUGACCGCCUACACAUCUGCACACUCUGUGGCAGGCACUACUAUCGCGCUGUGAGAGGAGUCCAACAGAUUUUCAGCACCAAGGACAGACCGUGCUCUGAAAACUUUUCUCCUGCAAGACGAUUGUAUCAGGCCCAGAAAUGUCACCGCCUAUUGUUUCCUGCCACAGCUACACUGCAAUACAAAGGGUAAGUGGAUUUAAAAUCAUCGUGUCAGCUCUGACUGUGGUUCUUGCCAUUAUUAGUCAUUCUGCUAACUGCCAGAGUACGGAACAGACAGGUCGAAACGGGACAUUGAACAGGAAUAUAGGAAGCAUGAUAAACAGCGGGACUGUUGCUUCUACAGUUAAUUCGACACCUGAACCAGACACAACUACACCGAUUGGAUCCACCCAAAAUAAACAGCCGACAGUUCGGAAUGUCGUAGUCUUUCCCUCACCUCCAAACGAACCAGAAAACCAAACAAGUAAUUCUACAGACGUGGAAAAUUUGGCCAACUCCGAACAGCACAGAAAUCAGGGACAAGCAGAUCAGAAACGCGUCUAUACCGAUGGUCAGGAUAGUUCCACAUCUCAAAGACCCCACGGAAUAGAGAGCGAAAAGCACUUUCUAUCUAUCACAGCAAUCAUGGCAACAACCGCAGACAACUUCAGUCAAAGCCUAGACUCGGCACCUGAUGAACCAAGCAUACAAGACCUGGAACACAGUAUCGAAGACGCUUUGAAUGUCGGACACUUGGAUGACGAAAUAGUGACAGCAAUAGAGGAAUCAUUUCAAGAUGACUAUGAAAAGUACAAUUCAACAUCAGGAGAUUUGGACACGUUCGUCGAAGAUGAAUUACAUGUCCCUGACUGCGGCACCGGCUUCGUACCGUUUGAUAAAGAGGAAUGGAAAAUUCUCCAUCCCAACGGGACACUACGUCUACUCCUCUCCGGGCUGGUCGUCGACGAAGAGCACUAUGUCAGAUUUGGCAACUUCGUCUUCAUUUGCAACGACUUCCUCAAGUUUUCCUCAAACUUCACCGUGUCGCUCUCGAGCGCACUGCCGGAGGGGUACACACCACAGGAGAUCCUGACCCUCGCCCUCAGCAGCCUCUCCUUUGUCAGUAUGCUCGUAUUCAUCGCCGCCGCCGUGGUGAAGAAGAUGUACAGGAAGAUCCCGGACAUCCUGAAGCUGAACUUGACCUGCUCCUUGUUGGUCGCGCAGACAAUUUUCGUCUUCUCCGACGAGAUCCCGUUGGGAAAAUUCUGCGUGUUUCUAGCCAUCCUGACGCACUACAUGUUCCUGGUGGCCUUCCUGACCAUGAACGUUCUGGCCUUUGAUCUGUUUCGGACGCUGGGACGGGUUUCUGGAGCCAUGGUGUUCAGGAGUGUAAAGGGCUACAUGUGCUACAUUUGGUUGGCCCCCUGCCUGAUCGUAACUAUCAGCACCAUCGUCGAGUUCAGCCUGGAGUCGAAGUUCCUGGGUUACGGGACAGAUGUCUGCUGGAUCAAGAACCCCGUUGCCCUGGUGGUGACAUUUGUGGCGCCUAUAGGACUGGUGUUGGCGAGUAACAUGUACUUCUUCAUCCACACGGUUCUGAACAUCACGGUGUCGUCCAUCCGGACGGCGCGUGCCCGCCAUGGCGCCACCUACUCCCAGCUACAGGCCUUCCUCAAGAUCUCCACCCUCAUGGGGCUGGGCUGGAUCGUCGGCUUCAUCGCCGCAGGAACACAACAGGACGCGUUGUGGUACAUCUUCAUCAUCUUGAACUCCUCACAAGGUUUCCUCAUCAGUAUCUCCUUCAUGACGUCACCCCGGGACAAGGCGGCUGACAACAAACGUAAGGGGCGCGCCAGCAUCGUCCGUGGUAAGAACCGCUUGCCCUCUCCAGGCGGAAUGCAGCAAAGCGGGUUCCAGAUGUGCCGAGCUAAUCUCAGCUGCAGCACAAGUAAUAUCACAAAUGUGUCAACAGCAAGCAUGGCGAGCAUUGAGAGCAAAGACGACUCUAAAAACACGGCUAUCGUUGCUGCAGAUGUCAUAGCAGUGGUGGCCGAUGACUAAUGUCCCGUAGUGUUCCUAAAUAGGACGAGAAUGUACAAUUGUACCUAGUACCUUUUCACAGCUCCAAAAGACACCUUUCUGACAAAAGAGGCCAGAUAGGUCUUGACAUUUGUUGUGACGUAUGAUAUAGUUCAGUGCAAAGUUAACAUUGUGCAUUUGCUUGUAUUUUAAUCAUUAUUCAUUUAGGAUCUAUUGUGAAGUAUGUACAACGUGCUAUAAGAAGACAUUUUGUUAUGUGUACUUUCACUCUCUAUUCUAAUCACAUUCAAGAUUAUGUACCAAAUGCGGACAGGAUCACCAGAAACAAAACGAAUGACGUUUAAAGCCACAAAAAGUUUAUUUACAAUUCAUUUAUUUAUCUUAUUAUCUAGAUAUCCAGAUAUUUUACUAUUAUCAUUAUCUAUUCCUUUAAGAAUAUGUCACAAAUAAUUUUAGUGCAACUGGUCCUGGGCUUGGCAGGAUCUUCUAAUCUGUCCUUAACUAUAACGUUAUAGCAACAUUUCCCCCAACUAUGACCAUGCAGAAGCAACUUUCAGAACAACAAAACAAUAAAAACAAACCUAGCUGAAUGUAGGACAAUGUAUGGGACUUCUUGUCUCCUGCAUAGUUUCACUUCCCUAGAGCACACAGCAAAUUAAUGUCAUACACAUGUUUACACAAAUCAAUCUUAAAUCACACUUUUUAAAAUCAUAAGACCUAAGCAAUACUUAGGCCACACCAAUUCAAAUAAUUGGUCCUCAGAAUUCCUGCUCCUAUUUUUCCUGAAAUGAAAAUUAUAACACUUCCUAUUUAUGAAAUUUUCACCAUUAAAUUACUAUGAAGCCAUUCAACAACUUGACAACAGUAAUGUGAUUAGAAGUGCCUUUACAAGCUCAAUACAAUUUGGGUACAAUCAUUGAAGUUAUAUUUUUUUCAUUCAUGAAGGACAUAAAUACAUACAUAGAUGCAAAUAUUGUACAGUGGUAGUGUUUUUUUCCAGCUGAAAAUGUCUUUUAUAUGUUAUGUAUGUCCUUAUCUUUACCCCAGACUUUUUUCACAUUAUUUAAAAAAAAUGCUUAAUCGCCCUGUUGCUUGAUAUUUUUGAUAAAAAAAUCCAAGAAGCAACAACUCAAAUUGGUGUGGCCUUAAAACUAAUUUGAUUAAUUAGGUCAUGUGAAUGACAUCCCACCCCAAAACUAAUGCGAGCAUGCGAAUAAAAAACGUUUGGGAAAAAAAGUUGCCUUCAUUAUGAAAUCUAAUUGGGCAACAAAAUACCAUGGAUGUCAUCCAUAUAAUCCAGUCAACAUGGCCUAAACAAUGCUAUAAAGUUACAUUUGCAAGCGAAUGUAAGACGUUUCCACAUGUUCUGCAAAACGAGUCUGCAUGCUGGAUUUGAGUGGCAAAUUCUACCUGAAAUUGUUCCAGCAUAUUGAAGUUAACUGACCCUAAUCCCUCCAUCAUUCUGGAUAUUGAUGACACUGUAACAUUU